AUGAAUUCUCUGCAAUUACACUACUCUCUUCACUUCCUCCGUCCAAACCACCGUCUUCGCUCCUCUACCACCUUGACUUCCCACUUUCCCGGGAAAAUCAAUCUCCGUGAAAAUUCCAGAGUCGGAGCCAAGUCUAGCUCCUUCAAUUGCUUCGCCCAAUCCGAGACGAAGGAAUCAAGUUUCAGAAACGGAGAAAGUUCAGCUGAGAAAGAAGAACCGGAACGUCCUCCGUUCGAUCUCGCCGUCAUACUUGCUGGUUUCCAGAAAAUAUCGGGAAACGAGAGGUUAAUGCAGCUGGGUUUGACAAAACCGGAGGCAAGAGCAAGGCCAUCGAAUAUGACAGUUUCCAAGUGCUGUCUCACUGUUAAGGGACUGACAGAGAAGUUCAAGGAGAAUGACACAAAAUACUCAGGCUCUGCUACUUUCACGUAUGAGACCUUCAUGCUCACUGUCCUCCCCUUCCUCAUCGCAUAA